AUGGAGGCUAAAAACAUGACCACUGCGGCUACCAACUCUGUAACGACUGAUUUUGUACUUGAUUCUCACAAGUAUGCCAUUAUUGCUAAGGAGUUUUCUUAUUAUGUCAACACUUUAAAUUACAAUGUCAACAAGCGUAUCAUAAUGGCACUCUACUGCCUCAUCUUCCUCCUUGGAUCAUGUUUAAACCUCCUACUAGUCUACACUAUUAUGCGGGUACGCAACCCCAAAUCGACAUCAAAUCGGCGGAUGCUGUUAAUGCAUGUUUGCUGCGAUCUUGCGUUGGUGUGGUUCGGAGUGCCAUACACUGCCUACACCGUGGUCUAUAAAAGUUGGCAGUUGGGCUCUGUCAUGUGUCAUGUGGCUUCAUUUCUAAUCUACUUCAUUGUGGGUCUUACAAACUUCCUCCUUGUGUCAAUUUGCCUCAACCGAAGCAUUGCCAUUGCAAGAGCUGGACGAUGGGCAGGCGAAAGUGACUACGAUGUCAACUGUCGUGUCACUGUUCUCUUUACAGCUGCUAUUGUUCUUGCCGUGGUGAUUGCUCUUCCUUCGGCAAUUGUCUCGAGAGUUACAAAUAAUAUCUUUAAGGAUCCUCUGUUUACUGCACUUGCACCACCUAUUUGCAUUGAAACCUGGUCUAGCCGAGCCAAAAUGGCCUACGAUUUGACGCUGAUCAUUACCAUCUACUUCAUCCCGCUGAUAGUCAUUUGCCUUAGUCAUCACAUAGUCACCCAACAAUUACGCCGUUCUCACCACAUGCUAAGUCUGAUGGGACACACAAUCAGUGCAAAGUGGAGACGUCGUCGUCAGCGUCUCAUCCGUCUAUGCGUCCUCAUGACGACCCUCUUCGUAUUGUCCUGGUUUCCCAAUCACCUCUGCAAUAUCCUCACCAAGAUUUUUGAUGUGCGUGGGGACACCGCGGAGACUCUACAAGAUUACGCUUUGUGUCUUGGUAUUUCCAACACCGUCAGCGAACCUCUACUCCUCAUAACAACUUGUUCGGCUUAUCAACGCUUUAUUCGGCGUCUUCUGGCGCGUUGGAGGUUGGUAAAAUCGGCCGCAGAUGCUGUGGAACCCAUAGUCUCUUCCAGCAUUGGUGCACCGGUCCUACCCACUCCUGUUCCUCAACUAACCAAUGGGAAUAAAAGCGACUCGCAGGUGGCGCCCUCGGUGCAACGGGAAGCCUGA